GAAGGAUUGUGCUUGUGUAUAUGUUUUGGGACAUAGACCACAUUAGGACCCCCCUAUACUUCUUUCAUACAUUAGAUUAGGACCAUAUUAUGAUUGUUAAUCAGUAAAUGAAGUGGAUAACUUUUGAUGGCCCAAGAUCCUUCAAUUUGGGUAGCCAGUGUAGUUCCUUUAAGUAGAUAAAAACAGCAGGUUGCUUGGGUCUAAGAUAGCCUAAAAUCAAUGAGAUUAUAGAUCAUUAUAACCGACAUAAUUCAUACGAUGUAUUAUUUCUUGUUAAGUACACAUCUUAGAAGCAAAGUAUCUCCAAAGGCAAUACUUAUCACAUCAAAACACCUAGCAGCAGAAAGCUAAUGCAGCCAAGAGUUUGAUACCAAAAAAAAGAAUGCCUUUCCACUAUGCACAUGACAUUAAACUUUCCUAACCACAAAGAAAUCAUGAAUACUAUUUAAAUUUGAGACAUUCUUACUUGCAAGUGGCACAGAGAUUUAUCAUCAAUUAACUGAAAAGGGUUUGUUCCUCCAUAGCGCUGAAAUUACGAUGCAAACGAAAUAGAAAGUAAGCGUAUGAAUAGACAGCACUACAUUAAAAUUGCCUAGGUGGGUCUGCCCAGGUCUGUUCUUCACCCCCUUUUGCUGCUCUUGUAACUGCUGCUGCUACAAAGGGCUGAACAUGAUGGUGGGAAGGGUUUGCAAAAUGGAAUAAUCCAUCAUCUAUACACCCAGGAAGAGCUCCAAACAAUACACGCUUUAGGGAUAGUCUUGGCUACCAAACCUCAAUCGUGCAAAAGACACAUGCAUUAUUGAACUCAUCUCUACUUAUUCUUAUGUUCAGCUGCCCAGGUCACCCCCCAUGCCGCCUAAGAUACGACUCACCGUUCAUUAGGGCUUUAUGGCAGCCAAGUGUGCCCUCACCGCCCACUAAACUCAGGUCUCCAAACGGGGGGGAAGAAGGUCGUGCAUCUAUUCAUCGAAGGGUACAGGGACAAUAAAUUGCAAGCUCCAUUAAAAGAUUGGCAUCUGAAAACGUGUUUGUUAUCCAGAUGUUAGCUAACAAAGUAGAGACACUAACAAAAGCUAUGGAAGUUGAGGCCAAAAUGAUGAGAAGGGAGGUUGCUGCAAUGGAAAAAGAAGUAUCUGCUGGAUUAAGCUGAUUUUUUUAAAUAAAUAAAUGCUUUGUUUCGUUCCACAGGAAGCCCGUUAUGUAGUUGGUGCUGAGUGCUGUAGGUGGAAGUUUGCAGAAUUUCACAAAACAUUGAGGGAAAAAGGGAUAGUCAAGCCAUUUACUGGUCUCUGAGGAUACUUUUAGAUGUUCGCCUUUGAAAAUAGCAAAGAAGGGAACAUUCUAUUCGUAGCACACCAAGAUGACACCUUUCAUGUCCAGACAGACAUCUUUGAACUAAAUCUUUAGUGAAGCCAUGGAAUCCAUGCGUCAUCCAACAUAGUACGGAUCGGAGUACCUACUUAUUUUAUAAAGCAACCAUAUACUACUUUUUCUUGAGUUUGAUCAUUUAUAUACUACGUAUUUGCAUAGGCUUGUUCAGUGUCUAUAAGGUCUUAGAACCGAAUAAUUUUUGUUAUUUCUUUUAUAUUAUGUAGAUCUUUUUUAAAUCUUGGAGGGGCUUUGUUACAGACUCUGGAUCGCGACCCAUUUAAAAAUAUUUUCAGAGUAAUGCGGAAGUACAAUAAUAAUCAAAUCAUGACACAUUUUAAAAUCUGUUGACCAAACAUUGCCUGCCAUCCUUGCAUCUCCUCUGACUCAAUGCCCUCUGGGAAAGAUCGCGCUACCUGGACCCAUGAACCUUUUAUCAUCAAGGAGGAUGAACUCCGAGGAGUGGCCGCACUUCUGGGUCCACCUUCCCGAUGCCGUCGGGGGAAUUGGUUUAACUCACAAUUUAAACCCCCAGAAGUAUAUGGUCAUGCAUUACCAUUCCGUGGAGAACGGGUUCAGAUUACCCCUCCAUGGUCUGCUCCACGACAUCUGCCGCCAUUUCGGAUUCGCUCCUGGCCAGUUGACUGCCAAUGCGCACAAGUAUGUCGCGUCCUACAUCUUGCGGUGUUGUACCCUGGCCAGGGUGUCUUCCCCUGAAAGGUUCAAGGCUCCUUCCGUCGUGGAAUCCAACCCAGUCGGGAGCUCUUCUGGAAACCAGACCCAAUGUGACUCCACCGCCUUGGCUAUUCACAAGCCGGCUGCUGCCCCGGAGGCAGUUCCCAUCUCUGCUAUUCCCGGUCUUAGAAGGCCAACACCGUCUCAGAAACGGCCACGGGAAGGGGUCACCGAUGAUGAUUUCUUUCCCAAAAAGGGUAAAGGUGAUGGUACUUCUGCUUUGCCCAACCCCCUGACUACAUCUUCUGGUACCAAGAGUACCACCCCUACUGCCGUAUCUGGAGGUUUGGAGUUACCCAACCCAGAUAGCUUAGAUCGCGAGGGAGACGAACUUCUGGACCAGUUAGCACUCAAAAGACCUACGGUGCAGCCUCUGCCUGAGGCAAAUCUAGAGAAGAUGAGGGAAUCAGUGCAGGGGCCCGCAAUUCCCCAAGCACGCCCCGACUUGCUUGCCUUCAAUGCUCUGCACUUAAUGGAGCAGCUAUCUGAUUUUUGCAUGCGCUUGAGGAGUGGAAGAGUAAUUGGUGAUAUAGAGGUAAACGGUAGCAACUCUGAGGUAAGUGUGUCUGAACCCAAUUCUUUUAAUAGCAAGUUUGUUGCUGAAUCUGAGGAUAGACCUGCCAAUUUGCUUGCUGUUGAUUUGUUUGAUUCUUGUUCUGAUAGCAUCUUUGAUAAUCUUUUUGAAAUAAAAUCUGAACCAAAGAUGACAACUUUAAGAGAAUUGGCAGCCCCUAACCUAAAUGUUCAACCGCUUUCCAUCACAUAUGCUGAGCUAGAGAAACCUUUAAAGCUGAAUUCUGGGUUUAUAAAUCUUUUGCCUAAAUUUCAUGGUCUUCCUGGAGAGGAUCCCUUUAGGCACAUCUCUGAAUUUCUGAUUACUUGCGGUGCUAUGGUGCCUGAAGGGGUUGCUCAAGACCAAAUUAGGUUGAGGGCUUUCCCGUUUUCUUUAGCUGAUAAGGCAAAGGACUGGUUGUACUACAUGCCAGCCGGGCUACUUCCUACUGAGAGGGGCAAUGUGGAUGCUGCCAGUGGGGGUGCCCUGGUUAAUAAAACACCUGAACAAGCUAGGGAAUUAUUUAAUUUGAUUGCUCAGAACACCCAACAGUUUGGGACUAGGGAAACAUUAGUGAAGAAAGUGAAUGAAAUUGGUAAUUCUUUUAUUGAAAACAAACUGACCAAACUUACCAAUGCCAUUUCACAACUUACAACUGUCGGAGGGGUUAAGGGAAAACCUUGUGGGGUUUGUUGCUUGGAAGGACACCGUACUGAUGCUUGUCCGACCUUGCAACACCCCGAGGUUUCCUUCUCAACCAUUUUUGAAUCCUAAAGAGAAUUUGAGUGCAAUUGUGCUUCGAAAUAAGAAAAAACUGCAGGAACCUAGUUUUGUCAGUAGGGAAGAAAGGGAGAAAGAACUUCAUCCAAAUCAAGUUUCUUUUGAAAAUAAUAAUGCUGAUUUUGUUGAAAAUGAAAUCACUCAGGUUGAAAAACAGAAAGAAAUUGAUUUUCAAAAU